AUGGAGGUUGCUAAUGGUGGCUCUGCGGCCCAAGGCCAAAAUGGCUCAUCUGAAGGCAACAACGGAUACAAACUAAAAUUCUGCACUGUCUGUGCCAGUAACAACAACCGAUCUAUGGAGGCCCAUCUCCGGCUUUCGCAGGCUGACUAUCCUGUCAUCUCCUUCGGUACAGGUUCCCUCGUCCGCUUGCCUGGACCUACCAUCACCCAACCUAACGUAUACCACUUUAACAAAACUUCAUAUGACAGCAUGUUCAAAGAGCUUGAGUCUAAGGACGCUCGACUGUAUAAAAAUAAUGGUAUCCUGAACAUGUUGAAUCGUAAUCGCGGGGUCAAAUGGGGUCCAGAGCGUUGGCAAGAUUGGCAGGUCGGUGUACCUCGCCUGCAGCACGCCAAGGACCGUGGCAGCGAGGGUACUGAGGGCGGUCUGGUCGACAUUGUCAUUACCUGCGAAGAACGAUGUUGGGACGCCGUUGUGGAUGACCUCAUGAACAGAGGCUCUCCCCUUAACCGACCUGUCCAUGUCAUCAAUGUUGAAAUCAAGGAUAACCACGAAGAAGCUGCUGUUGGUGGUCAAGGUAUCCUGGACCUUGCCAAUUCUCUCAAUGCAGCAGCUCGGGAAGAGCGUGAGGCCAUUGGCGCCUCUGCUUUCGAUAACGGUUCUGCGUCGAGCAGAGCUACGUUUGAUGAGCGAGUACCUGAUAUUCUCGCUUCGUGGCAGGAAAGAUGGCCCAACCUGCCAGCAACCUGGACUGUUGCCUGGUUCUGA